AUGACGUCUUCGAAGUCGAGCGAGAACUGGCAACUCAGCGCUUACGAACUCCAACGACUCCCCCACGAAUUGGUCACUGACGAUACGGAGGUAAUCGUUCGCGAAGAACGUUAUGUGCCGGAUUUCACGUGCCCCAUCUGCUUCGGCGUGUUCAGGAAAACUGUGGCGACGACGGGUUGCCUUCACCGCUUUUGCGAGGAGUGCAUCACCACGUCGCUGCGCAAGUGCAACAAGGAAUGCCCGACGUGCCGUCGUAAGCUCGUCUCGAAGCGGUCGCUGCGGCGUGACUACCGCAUGGACGCUAUGAUCGCCGCUCUUCUUCCCAACCACGACGAAGAUGGCGCGUCGCCGGCCGAGCGCGCGACUGCUUCGCAAGGCGCCCAGCUUCGCGGAGGCGAGAAACGCGGUGUUCCAAAGCAAGCAUGUGAGAAGAACAUCGUCAAAGACGUUCGCCCGAAGCGCUGCGUUAAGAAGGCUCGCGGCGAGCCGAUCUCGACGGCGAUUGGGAAUGACUUGGCUCCGACGAACGCGGGUUGUGUCGAAGUGAAAGCAAACGUUCCGCAAGUAUCGGCGCCGACUUCGCCGACGGCACAGCGAAGGUUUUUGUACGUAUUCCAGGAGCCUUGGCAAGGAGGCCGUGUAUCACAGGCGUUCGCGGCGGACGGCGUCGCUCGUAAGGGAUCGGACUACGGGUUGACCUCGCGACGCGCCGAGGGGCCCCAGGAGCCGAACGCCGGCGCUCGCCGUGUUGAUGCCGAGAUUCUCGGAGAAGGUGCCCGUCUCCUGCCACCUCCAAGCGUUGCAUUCGCCGGGGUAGCGCGGCGAUCUGCGUCCAACGCCGUGUCCGCUGCUUCGCCGGCGCAGGUUGACCAAGACGUAACGGAUACGAGUGAAGAGGCAAGCCGCACGACUUCGGCAGAACGCAGCGAGCCGACUCAGUCGAAGGAUUUCUGCGCAGAUAUCGGUCAGACGUCCGAAGACGCGAGAGGCAAAUCAGCAGCCGACGCCAUGCCUGCCGCCGCUGCUGCCUCAGACCGCGAAUCAUCCAGCACAGCCCACGCGCCACGGCCUAUCUGCGACUACCCAAUAACGAUGAUUGUGAAGCCGCACCUCGACAUGUUCUUGGAAAACGCCGAGUCCCCGACGCUGCGUUUAAGCAUGACGGCGCAUGUCACGAUUGAGUGUAUCGCCGCGUAUCUCAGAAGUCGUCUUUCUCCGGACAGCGUGAGUCGUAACGACCAGCAAUUACCAAUGUACCGCAUAUACGCGGCCAACGAGCGGGGCGAGGUAGUUGUACUCCCAGCUACGAUGACGGCGGAGGAUGCCGUUAAGAGAAUCACUAAAGACGGUGCGCGGCUGGAACUGUACUACGCGCUGGACAAGCCUUGA